UGUUAGGAUGCCAAAGUAUAUCUCCUUUGAACAUUCCAAAAAGUGUCAAAACCUAAGAAUUGAUUGUUUGUUCGUCCCUACUUUACCUUCCCACUUGCUUCAAUUUUUCUUGCAUCGUUUCGAACGAGAUCCCUACCGAUCAACACUUCGGAUUUGCCAAUUUUAACCCAACAAAAUAUCCCAAAUUUGCCAUAAAACUCUACCCACUACAAUGUUGUUCCACCUCCUCUGGAUAUUCUUGGUAUUUCUGUAUGUUCAUCUACACAACCUAAUUAUUUCAAGAAAGUAGCGAUCAAGCGUUCACUACGAUGAAAGAUUCAUCCUGGUUUGCUUCUACGUCGAAAACUCCACACAAAAACAAAGGUUCAAAUCCCGAAAACUCCAUGAUUGGGAUCUUAUCAUUCGAAGCUUCAAGAUUGAUGCUACGAGUAGUUAAUUUAUGGCAUUGCUUAACCGAUAGACAGAUGUCAAGACUAAAUGAAGAAGUCAGAUAUUCGCUUGGCAUUCGUACGCUUGUUUCAGACAAUCAUGCUUAUCUCAUUGAUCUCGCUCUAGCUGAGAUCAUCGAUACCUUAAAAGGUGUGGCCAUAUCAGUCGCUAGGCUCGGGAAAAAGUGUUUAGACCCCGUAUAUCAAAAUCUUGAUUAUGUUUUUGAAGACCCAUUUCGUAUCGAUCUUAAAUGGUCUGGAUGGGAAUAUAGGUUGAAGAAAAUGGAGAAACGGGUUAAAAAAAUGAAGAAGUUUGCUUCUGCUAUGUCAGAAUAUUAUGAAGAGCUUGAAGAGUUGUCGGGUCUAGAGACGAGAUUAAAAAAAAUGGAAUCCAACGGUGUGAAUCAAGGGCAAUUGCAAGAAUUCCGUCAAAAAGUGAUUUGGAAACGUGAGGCGGUAAGUGGCUUACGUGAAAUGUCUCCAUGGGUUCGAUCGUAUGAUUAUAUCGUCAGAUUAUUGCUUAGAUCGCUUUUCACAAUAGUCGAAAGAAUCAAGGUUGUUUUCGGAGUGACAACGGAACAUACGUCUUCCAAAGUACGAGAUUUGUCUCAUGGUGGUUGUUUCGUACCCAAGAAUUCCGUUUCGGCUCUUACACGCGCUUCGGUCUAUCCGUCCGAAGGUGCUUUCAGGCGAUCGAUGUCAAAUCUUGGGCAUCGACCGGUCCUUUGUGGGAGAUACCCAUCUGCCGCGUGUUCUCCCAGGGUCCACGGUAACUUUCAAAAGAACGGUUUUAGCCCUAUCAAAAAAGGAUCAUUUUCCUUCGGUUCCAAGCGAAGAUUGGUUAACGGUCAAGAACCAACCCUUGGGAAAGCGGCUUUAGCUCUACGUUACGCAAACAUCAUCAUAUUCAUCGAGACAUUAGCCACGUCUCCUCGGGUCAUAAGUUCUGAAGCAAGAGAAGACUUAUACGACAUGUUAACAACAAAUCUUAAACAAUCACUUAGACAAAAACUGAUUUUAUCCAAAAGGGAAUCUUUGUUAGCCUACGACGAACGUGUUGCAUUAGGCCGAAGAUCUUCGGUCCAAAGGAUUCUAGAUUGGUUAUCUCCACUCGCGCAUAACAUGAUAAAAUGGUAUUCUGAGAGAAAUUUCGAGAAGCAGCCCAUGGGUUCGGAAGGAAAUGUUCUUUUGGUCCGAACUUUGUACUAUGCAGAUCAAGCAAUGAGUGAAAUCGUGAUCACGGAACUAAUAGUGGGACUUCAUUAUGUUUCCAGGUUUAGUCAAGAACUCACUGACAGAUCUUUAAUGGGGUCUGCAUAAUGUUUCAAUACAUAUGUUACUUAUGUAACUUUUUAUCUUUUUUUUUGUUGUUUCAACUGUUUUAUGGGCAAAUUUAUGACCAAAUAUGUGGGUAACCAAACAUUAUUAUAACCAUACUCGCACUUAUUGAAAGAGAAUAAUGAUGGUUACCCAUGUAUUUGUAUUGUAAGUAGUGUUUAUAUUGUAAGAUGAUUAUGGUUUUGUUGGAAA